CCAGGGUCCGGGCCUGGGCCCGGGCCUGGGCCUGGGCCCGUGCCCGUGCCCCAGACGCCGGCACCCGGCGCGGCCCACGCCCUCACCCUCGCCCUGCCCGCCGCGCUGCUACCCCCGAACGCCAGCUCUGCAGCACCGCGUCCCGCCGCGCUGGGAGCCUUCUCGGACCUCUUGGUCCGCUGCGAGGUGUCCCGCGUCCUGCUGCUGCUGCUCCUGCAGCCACCGCCCGCCAAGCUGCUGCCGGAGCACGCGCACACCCUGGAGAAGUACUCCUGGGAGGCUUUUGACAGCCACGGGCAGGACAGCAGCGGCCAGCUUCCCGAGGAGCUCUUUCUGCUGCUCCAGUCCUUGGUCAUGGCUACCCAUGAAAAGGACACGGAGGCGGUCAAGUCCCUGCAGGUGGAGAUGUGGCCGCUGUUGACUGCCGAGCAGAACCACCUCCUUCACCUCGUUCUGCAAGAAACCAUCUGUCCCUCGGGACAGGGGAUCUGAUGCGUCACGUGAACCACACCACGUUUGCUUUGUUUGGGGCCUCUUACCAAACCUCACGCACCAGUCGUUGCAUUGGGCGAGAAAUGAGAAAAGACAUCCAUCCUGUUUCUACGUCUCAUGUUAUCCCUAUUGCCACCAUGGAAACAGUCCACUGAAAAUUGCCUGUGUCCCAAAUACUGAUUGCCAUGGUAGUGGGAGAAUAAAACAUUGUGAUGCAGCUGGA